GUUGUCCAUCCGCAUUUCUUGCCAUCUGAACUUUCCACUCCUUCCGCCGUGUCGGGCGACCGUAUAUUCUCCUCCUUGUUUGUUUAUACCGCGCAGCGACAGAGGUCUCGGGGUCUGCCUCUCCUGCGCUUCGCCUUCUCCGUCCAACACUCCUCUCCGAGGCCAAGGCGAUAGCAUCAGCUCAUCUCCCAGGGCAUCAUCCUCUGCCGUGCCUCGACGCCCUUUUUACACCCCUCUGGCGAGCCCUCCGUUCGCACCUUUAGCUGUUCUCCCAGCUGCUCUUCUCUCUUCCACUCCCUCAUCUCUUUCACUUCGCGCACGGCUGGGCCGCUUCAGCUUCAUUCCAGGAUCUCUGCAAUCCACGUCCACUGUCCUUACCUCCCUCUGCUCAGCACACACGCCACCGCGCCCGCUGCUCGACCCGCACCACUCCCUGCUAGCCCUGGCGUGAGCGCAAGCACGGACCCCGAACUAUCUAUCUCUACUUAUCUGCAUGGCGGCCGUGAACCUCCAGAUGAUGUCUGCAAACGUCCCCUUUGACUUCCUCCCGUCUGCCCACCUCCACUCUCGCUCGAACUCCGUCUCCUCCUCCUCCUCGCACUCCCCCGGCUCGCGGCCCCAGUCUUCCCAGGGCGUCCCCGUUCUGCGCACGUCGGCCGGCCUCCCCCCGUCCGCAGAAGACCUCUACCGCGCUUCUUUCCACACCACCACCUCCUUCGACCACGCCCGCAACACCUCCGACGUCUCCCUCUCCUCCGCCUACUCCCUCGACCUCGCCACCCCAGCCGACUCCCCGCCCAACCACAACAUCACGAACCCCGCCCUCAAGGGCCACCUCCGCCAGACCCACAUCCGCGCACGCGUCUCCGCGUCCCCCUACCCCCGCGACGCCGAGUCCGUCCACUCCUCCUCGUCGGAGACCGAGGACAUCUCCAUGUACCUCGCAGCCGCAGGGCCCGAGUACCACCCCAUGUACGCCGUCUCACCGCAAACGAUGAUCCCCAACCCGGAGUCAAUGCACGGCAAUGCCUUUGGCCGUAUGAACCUCAGCCCGGACCACGCGCUUGAAAAGCUUGCUGCCAAUGUCCGUGCCGCGACGACGACGAGUGCGUCCGACAGGGCGAAGCAGAUCUUCGUGCAAGCCUGGCUGACGGCAAACUACUCUCCGUACCCGGACGGAAACGUCCCGCGCCAGGGUCUGUACUUUUCCUACCGCCGGGUCUGCGAUCAGUAUGGGAUCCCACAUAUCAAUACCGCCACGCUCGGAAAGGCGAUCAGGCUAUGUUUCCCUACAAUCAAAACAAGACGUCUGGGAGUCCGAGGGAACAGCAAGUACCACUAUUGCGGCAUCCGACCUGCGACAUCCGCAGAGGCGGAGUUCCUCCAGGACUACAUUCGGAAGUCGAACAACAAUGCUGCGCAGCAGUCUGUGAACGCUGCCCGGAUGGCGGGUGACGGGGAAAACCGCGGCUCAGACGAGGACGAUGAGGACGAGUCCGAGGGCCCCGGUUCGGGCGCGCAAUCAAAGCGCAACUCCCUGAACCUGUCUAGCGGCUCGAAAUCUUCGGCCAUCUUCGCAGACGAGAAGACACCGACGGCCGCGACGCUGCUCUCACAGGCACAGGCCACCCAGCGUCCGGCGAACGCCUUCCCCGCCCAAGCCCCGAUUCGGAGGCACCCCGGCCAGGAGGGACUUGCAGUAUCAUCGCACCCCUCACCGUCCGGGAGCGUGCAGACCGUGAACGUCGCGGGCGGCAGCUCCGCAGGCUCCGUGCGCCAGCUGCCGAACUUCCCAUCGAUCGACGAGGCGGUGGGCGCGAACUCUACGACGCCACAGAGCAUCGCCGCGCGCGAGGUGUGGCAGUGGUUCCAGGACCAUCUCGAUGCGUUGCUGGAGAGCAUCCGCGGGUACCGCUUCGACCAGUUUGAGCUCCACCUCCGCUCGUUCUGGUCAAGCCUCACCGGCGCCCAUCGCGAGGUCGUGCACGCCCCGGCGGUCGCGGGUCUCAUGGCCAAGGCGGAUGCCAUCGUGUACGAUGAAAUCCUCGAGAUGCUGCGCUCCCAGAUGCUCUCCCCCAUCUCGCCCGCGUCUCUCGCGGGCUUGCGUCAACUCGCCGACAAGAUGGAGAAGAUCCUGCUUGUCGCCCUUGAUUCCUAUGGAAACACCUUCGUAGAGCCCAAGGUCGAGCUCGGCGCCCGGUUCGGGCAUCUCGUCCUGCGCUUCCUCGACAUCUACCAGGUCACGCAGGCGCUCAACACGGUCCUGACGAACCAGAAGCAGCUGCUCGAGAUGCGGCGGUCGUGGGCGAAGAUCGACUUCGAGUCCGUACGGAACCAGUCCGCGCUCGUGUGCAAUUGCCGCCACGAGGACCUCGUGCAGCUGCUCGAGGGCGAGUUCGUUCAAGUGCUCGACGGCCUCUCCAAGAGCCAAGACCCCGUGCGCGACGUCAUGGCAUGGGCAGACAAGUGCUGCGAACGCCUCAUGGGCGGCCGUGGCGGAGGUGCCGAGGAACGUACGACGAUGAGCUCCCGGAGCGUGCUAAUUCGAUGGGGCUACGUCACCAGUCAAGUCAUGCGCGACCUCACUAUCCGGAGCGACCCUGCGUUCGGCGCAUUCCAGAUCCUCAAGCUGUUCUUGGAUGACUGGAUCGCCCUGAACGUGCUCCGGAACGUCGCGCUGUCCACGAACUCGGUCGCCGCGUCCGUUGAGCCCGUGAUGCACCAGCAGUUCUUCACGCUCUCACCGAUGGCGGGGCAGGAGAGCUUCCCGAAUACGCUCGACGUGCGGCCCACGGCCCCGAUGGCGCACACGCCGACGACCUCGAGCAUGCUCGCCGCGCUGCAGGCGGACUCGUUCGCGAGCGGCACGCUCGACCCCGCCGCGACGUCCUUUGGGGCGGACGCGUUCGGGUCGCUGCACUACCUCGAGGGCGCGUCCUCGCAGGACGACCUCUCCGUGCACACCUCGGGCCUGUCUUUCCCGGACUAUGGCGCGGGCCCGUUCGACGUGCCCGCGUUCACGCCGCAGGACCUCGGGAUCAGCACGAGCGGCACGCCGCCGUCCGCUGGCGGCGAGUCCGAUCACGAGGCGGAGAGCGUGAAGUCCGAGUCAUGAAACGCGGGACGGGCUUGACUAUUGCCCUCGCCGCUGCUGUCGUCGUCUAUGUCGAAUUGUCGUUGUGGGGGCUUGUGCGGACAUCUAGCUUACGUAUAUACCACCUAAUGCCGGUCUGUUGCUGCUUUCUUCGGUCUCUAAUUAUUGACUUUUGUUGCGCUGCUGUAUUGACGUACGUACUCCCUCCUUUACCCUUCGCUAGUAGCUAUUGCCCCUGUCGUUCGAACGAAUGUAUCCCCCACCUUUUCCUCCAGGGAACUGUACUGGACCCCAAAUAUUGCGAUAACGCGUUAAC